AUGUCUCAAGAUGAGAGUAACGUCUUAGAAAAGGCUCUUGGAAAUGACUUUGACCCCAAAGAUGAAGAUCUGCUAGAUUUGCUAAGUUACUUCAAGUGUUACAAAAGUCCUACCAAAACCAACAUUUUCAACAUAGUACAUGAGCUUGCUCAUCAAGAAUUGGUGCAGAAGCCUCUAUAUAUUGUGGAUUGUCUUGCUCCAAUAUUGAAUAGAAUGAGGGUCUACACACCAUUCCAAACUAUGGGGGAUCUGCGAAAACUUUACAAUGAAAAGAAGCCUACUGCCAAAAGUGUAAUUAAUUUACUGUCAACAAAUCCUACACCAGAGGCCGAACAAAACAGUUUGGAGGAUUUUAAAAGGUUUGUGCAGAGCCUUAAUGGCAGUGAUCUUGGGGACUUUUUACAGUUUCUGACAGGUAGUAAUAUUAUUUUGUGUAAAACAAUUACUGUUACUUUUACAACUCUAGAAGGCAAAUCUCGUUGGCCUAUUGUCCACACCUGUGGACCAUCACUAGAGUUACCGUCAACUUACCAGUGUUAUAAUGAACUUGCAGAGGAAUUCACAGCACUUCUCAAUGCCAAGGAUUCCUGCUCAUUUAAUAUUAUUUAG